UCGGUGCCAUCGCCAAAAAUGUGUCUCAACAACCAAGCAUAAUGUUCUUCAUCAUUCUUCUCUCACUGCUAACUGCUGUUCUUUCAGCAAGAGAACCGAAGCAGAUUAAUUUAGCGAACCAGGGUACGAUCGCAGGUAUUUAUAUAACCAGAUUUCGAACGAAGCGAAUUGCAGCUUAUUUGGGUAUUCCGUAUGCUCAACCUCCUAUAGAAUUCCGAAGGUUUAGCCCUCCAGAGUACACAGAUCUCCCUCAAUGGGAGGGAGUAAGAAAUGCUACUACGUUCACUCCGGAUUGUAUGCAGAGCAAUCCCAAGAAAGAAGAUGUUCAGAAUCCAUUGAACAGACAUGACGAGCUGUUUAAUAAACUCCUUGAUGACCAGUUGGAGGAGCCGAGAAGGAAGGAAUAUUCAGAAGAUUGCUUGUACUUGAAUGUUUAUGUACCCGACGACCUCAAGGUAGAGAGCUACCCAACAUUAGUAUGGUUCCAUGGGGGGAACUUCGUUCGAGGCAGUCCCAAUACUAUCAACCCAUUUCAAUUGGUGCUUAAACAGAAGGUUAUUUUCGUCUCCAUGGCUUACCGCUUAAAUAUAUUCGGAUUUUUCUCAACAUUGGAUAACGAAGCACCUGGAAAUUUCGGAUUGUUGGACCAAGUUGCAGCUUUAAAUUGGGUAAAAAAUAAUAUAGCUAAUUUCGGCGGCGACCCAGAUAACGUUUGUAUAUUUGGACACGAUGCUGGUGCUGUUAGUGUUGGACUCCACUUAAUAUCAUCUUACUCAGCUGGACUCUUCCAAAAAGCAAUUGCUAUGAGUGGCAACGUUCUGUCACCAGAUACUGUGAAUAUUGCUAGAAAGGAAUUGAUAACUGUCGACAAAGUAGCAACAGCUUUUAGUUGCUUUCGAAAACCUACCUAUCAAUUACUAGAUUGCCUUAGAAGAGUGAAUAAUCAGGCUCUCUUAGAUAUCGGAGAACCAUUAGCAGAAUGGAAACCUCUUGUAGAUAAUGGUUUUAGCAACAUAUCUCUUCCAUUUCUCACUGAACUUCCCAGCAAAAUGUUUGAAGAUGAAAUAUUUAGUCCGGUGCCAGUUCUAACUGGUUACACUAAUAUGGAAGAUGCUCUUCUUUUAGAUAAAGACGGCAAAGAAGAUUCGGGUAUUAGUCAACGAGAAUUCGAUGUAAUGCGUGAGGAAGUCAUACUUUCUGAUAUAACAGUGGACAAUAGUUCAUGUUUCACAAAUCAACAUCACAUUCAAGAUGCUGUUGCAUUUUUUUAUAAACCCAUACCGCCAACGACAAACGAAACUAUUUUGCGGAAAUUAUUUCUUGACUUUUACACAGACAAAGUAUAUGGAGCAACAACCUACAAGUUAGCCAAACAUUUGAGUAAACAUGCACCCGUUUACUUAUAUAGAUUUGAUCUUAAGCCUUUUUCUGAUAUUGCUAAUGAUGGUAUUCCAGAUUGGAUUGCUGUACCUCAUAAUUUUGAUUUAAUUUUUACAUUUGGUUUGCCCUACCUGGCACUUCCCGAGGAUUUGACAAAAUGGGAUUAUAGAGAUAAAAGCAUAUCAGAAAUUGUAAUGAAAAUGUGGUCUAAUUUCGCAUGGUACUCAAACCCUACAAAUUCAGGAGUUAUUAUUCAAUGGGAUCCCUUUGAAAGCGAUAAGCCAGGUUAUUUUAUAAUCGAUCGUCAAAACUUCACAAUGAGUACACCCGAGACUGUUAAUUAUAAAGCAUUUGAAUUUUGGACAGACUUCUAUCCCAAAGUUGUCGAGAUUGGAACAAAAUGUUGUAAGGAAGUACAGGAAGAAUCUCGAGCACCGAUAAAUAUUGGAAGUUUAGUUCUACUGCUAUUUUCUGUAAAACUGUAUAUUAUAUUUUAAAUAG